UGCGCUCCGUGCCCGCGGCCGUGCCCGCGCCGGCGGCGGCCCCAGCGAGGGGCUCGGCUCGGCUCUGCGCUCCCCCGCCGCCUCCAUGGAGCGCCGGCCGCGCCGCCUCUGAUGCCCGGCCCGGCGCGCACCAUGGGGCCGCUGUGGCUCUGCUGCCUGCCCCUCGCGCUGCUGCCCCUGCUCGCCGCCGUGGAAGAGACACUGAUGGACUCCACAACGGCAACGGCAGAGCUGGGCUGGACAGUGCAUCCUCCAUCAGGGUGGGAAGAGGUGAGCGGGUAUGACGAGAACAUGAACACGAUUCGCACCUACCAGGUGUGCAACGUCUUUGAAUCCAGCCAAAACAACUGGCUCCGGACCAAGUACAUCCGGAGGAGAGGAGCACACCGCAUCCAUGUGGAGAUGAAAUUUUCUGUCCGGGACUGCAGCAGCAUCCCUAAUGUCCCAGGCUCCUGUAAGGAGACUUUUAAUCUCUACUACUUUGAGUCUGACUUUGACUCAGCCACCAAGACUUUUCCUAACUGGAUGGAGAACCCUUGGAUGAAGGUGGACACAAUUGCUGCCGAUGAGAGCUUCUCACAGGUGGACCUAGGUGGACGGGUGAUGAAGAUUAACACUGAGGUGCGCAGUUUUGGGCCUGUCUCCAAGAAUGGUUUCUACCUGGCCUUCCAGGACUACGGAGGCUGCAUGUCCUUGAUUGCUGUCCGUGUCUUCUACCGCAAGUGUCCCCGUGUGAUCCAGAAUGGGGCUGUUUUUCAAGAAACCCUCUCAGGAGCAGAGAGCACCUCGCUGGUGGCAGCCCGGGGGACAUGCAUCAGCAACGCAGAGGAGGUGGAUGUGCCAAUCAAGCUGUACUGCAACGGGGAUGGCGAGUGGCUGGUGCCCAUCGGCCGCUGCAUGUGCCGGGCGGGCUAUGAGUCAGUGGAAAAUGGGACCGUCUGCAGAGGCUGCCCGUCAGGGACGUUUAAGGCCAGCCAAGGGGAUGAAGGAUGUGUCCAUUGCCCAAUUAACAGCCGGACAACUUCAGAGGGGGCUACUAACUGUGUGUGCCGAAAUGGAUAUUACCGGGCAGAUGCUGAUCCUGUCGACAUGCCAUGCACCACUAUCCCAUCUGCCCCACAGGCCGUCAUCUCCAGCGUGAAUGAGACCUCUCUGAUGCUGGAGUGGACCCCACCACGGGACUCGGGGGGCCGGGAGGACCUGGUGUACAACAUCAUCUGCAAGAGCUGCGGCUCGGGCCGCGGGGCGUGCACGCGCUGCGGGGACAACGUGCAGUUCGCGCCCCGCCAGCUGGGCCUGACGGAGCCCCGCAUCUACAUCAGCGACCUGCUGGCCCACACCCAGUACACCUUCGAGAUCCAGGCAGUGAACGGCGUCACCGACCAGAGCCCCUUCUCCCCGCAGUUUGCAUCAGUGAACAUCACCACCAACCAGGCUGCUCCUUCAGCUGUGUCCAUCAUGCACCAGGUCAGCCGCACCGUGGACAGCAUUACCCUCUCAUGGUCUCAGCCUGACCAACCCAACGGAGUCAUCCUUGAUUAUGAGCUGCAAUAUUAUGAGAAGGAUCUCAGUGAGAUAAAUUCAACAACAGUGAAGAGCCCCACCAACACUGUGGCAGUGCAAAACCUCAAAGCUGGCACCAUCUACGUCUUCCAGGUGCGAGCGCGUACUGUGGCUGGGUAUGGCCGGUAUAGUGGCAAGAUGUAUUUCCAGACCAUGACUGAAGCUGAGUAUCAGACCAGUGUCCAGGAGAAACUGCCACUCAUCAUCGGCUCCUCCGCAGCAGGACUGGUGUUCCUCAUUGCUGUAGUUGUCAUCGCUAUUGUGUGCAACAGAAGACGGGGCUUUGAGCGUGCUGACUCUGAGUACACUGACAAGCUGCAGCACUAUACCAGUGGCCACAGUACGUACCGUGGGCCCCCGCCAGGCCUGGGGGUCCGCUCUCUCUUCGUGACUCCAGGGAUGAAGAUCUAUAUUGAUCCGUUCACCUACGAAGAUCCCAAUGAGGCUGUCAGGGAAUUUGCAAAAGAAAUCGAUAUCUCUUGUGUCAAAAUUGAGCAGGUGAUCGGAGCAGGGGAGUUUGGUGAGGUGUGCAGUGGGCAUCUCAAGCUUCCUGGCAAAAGAGAGAUCUUUGUGGCCAUCAAGACCCUGAAGUCUGGUUACACGGAGAAGCAGAGACGGGACUUCUUGAGUGAAGCCAGCAUCAUGGGGCAGUUUGACCACCCCAAUGUCAUCCACCUGGAGGGGGUAGUGACCAAGAGUUCACCAGUCAUGAUCAUUACUGAGUUCAUGGAAAAUGGCUCACUGGACUCCUUCUUGCGGCAAAACGAUGGGCAGUUCACAGUGAUCCAGCUGGUGGGCAUGUUGCGGGGCAUCGCGGCAGGCAUGAAGUACCUGGCCGAUAUGAACUACGUGCAUCGAGACCUGGCUGCCCGCAACAUCCUGGUGAACAGCAACCUGGUCUGCAAAGUGUCUGACUUUGGCCUCUCCCGUUUUCUGGAGGACGACACCUCUGAUCCCACCUACACCAGUGCACUGGGUGGGAAGAUCCCAAUACGGUGGACAGCACCUGAGGCAAUUCAGUACCGAAAAUUCACAUCAGCCAGUGAUGUGUGGAGCUAUGGAAUAGUCAUGUGGGAGGUGAUGUCGUAUGGCGAGCGGCCUUACUGGGAUAUGACCAAUCAAGAUGUGAUAAAUGCUAUUGAGCAGGAUUAUCGGCUGCCACCACCUAUGGAUUGUCCAAAUGCGCUGCACCAGCUGAUGCUUGACUGUUGGCAGAAGGAUCGAAACCACAGACCCAAAUUUGGGCAAAUUGUCAACACCUUAGAUAAAAUGAUUCGAAAUCCUAACAGCCUGAAAGCCAUGGCCCCUCUCUCCUCUGGGAUGAACCUCCCCCUACUUGACCGCACAAUCCCGGAUUAUACUAGCUUCAACACUGUGGAUGAAUGGCUGGAUGCCAUCAAGAUGAGCCAGUACAAGGAGAGCUUUGCCAGUGCUGGCUUCACCACGUUUGAUGUAGUAUCUCAAAUGACUGUAGAGGACAUUCUGCGAGUUGGGGUCACUUUAGCAGGACACCAGAAGAAAAUUCUGAACAGUAUCCAGGUGAUGAGAGCACAGAUGAACCAAAUUCAGUCUGUGGAGGUUUGAUAGCUAUGUGUCGUCCUGUUCCUCUUCCUUGAGGCCCUGCUCCCCUUUGCCCCUGUAUGUCCGAGCUCCAGUUCUUGAGUGUUCUUCAUGGACCAGAGACAGGCAGCUGCUCUGAGUAUCAUGGCAACAGGAAGAAAUGCCCUGUCAUCAACAAUGAGAAGUCGCCAAGAGCUUCUAGAAUUUAAGCAAUGGAAAAAGGGAACAAAAAAAGACAACUAUUUUGAAAAAAAAAAAACACAGCUAUUAAAUAUUUUUAAUAAUAAUAAAGCAAUUGCAUUCUUGAAAAGGGCUCCAAGACCAAUGAGAGUGUCCAGAGGAACAGGAGAGAGCAGCUUCAUCUGUUUCCUCUUGCACAAGGCUGCUGCACCCGGGCCCAGACACCUCUGGAGCAAUGAGACUUUUUCAAGAAGAUGAAUGCAAAAAAAGGUCAUGAGUAGCACUUCUCUUUCUCACAUGGGAUGGGCAGCUCUGGGAGUGUCUUGCAGCCAGCAGUCCUUCCCAAAAGCCCCUGUUAACAAACCAAAGGGGAGAGAGAGCUGAAGCUCUUUGGUGCUGUGGAACCAAGUGCAUCUCAGAAAUUGAUGGACUUCUUCAAAAGCUGAAGACAUUUUUUUUUUAAAAAAAAAAAAAAACAAAAACAGAUAAACUGAGUUUAGAAGAAGCUGUUUCCGAAAAAUGAGAAGGAAUCUGUAAUGCUUGGGGGGGUGGGGAUGGGGAAAACCAAUCCUUUUUAUAUCUCUUAUUUUCUCUUGUCAUGGAACAGUUUUGUGAGUGACAGUUUCCUAAGGGUCUGUCCAUCCACCCUCCUAUGGCAUCAUUGUCUCAUACAUAUCAUAUGCACAAGACUUUUAGUGAUGUCCUCACUAGAUGCCAAUGAUCUUUUCCCAGAAGACUUCCCAAGUACAGUAUGUAGUAGUUUUUGAUUACAAAUGCUGACGUGUACCUUUAUUUUUUGGUUGUCACUGUUGGGAGAUUUGUCCUUUUACCUUGUUUUGUUAACACCAGUUUGUGAGUUUGGGGUUGGAAAUUUUUGGUUGGUUGGGGUUUUUUUUAAUGAAAAAGAAAUUACAUCUCCAAGCAUCAUGUCAUUCAAGAACUUAAAUCCCUUCCCUGUGGAAGGAAAAAUUGCAGCUUAUUGACAAUAUGCCAGGAGAAAAAUUUUUUUAUAUGCACAUUUCCUUCUGUUUGCUUGUUUGUUAUUUUGCAAUUUGUCAUGGCCCAACAGAUGUUUCUAACUGUUGGGUUUCCAGUGGUUUGCCAAGAAGAAAUGACCAUCUGCUUGAUUCAGGGUUGCUGGUGCAGGGAUGAGCAACAUCACAGAGGGUUUGUGGGUUUGUUGUUUUUUUUUUUGGUUUUUUUUUUUUUUUUUUUUUAUGCAGGGGAGAGGGAAAGACAGAGGAGGGUGGAUGGGUUGUGGAAAGGAUUGAUGACUCCACGGCUGGCUCUCGGAGCCCUUUGGAAAUGUCUGACUGCUUAGAAAGGUGUCAGUUUGGUGCACGGACCACAGAAAGGGAGGGUAAUCCCAGUCCUCUAAGAGGAGCUUGUGGCACAUAGUUUCUUGGAGUCUGAAUUGUGUUAGCUGUCAGGUUGUGGAUGGCUCACUGCAGUAGCCAAACUCUGCGGAUGUGCUCUGUGCCCUCUGGGGACCCAGUCCCUUCCUUAGACGAUGCGCUGGGGGCUCUGAGGCAGCUUCAGUCUCAGCCAGUCGCCUUAAGGAGAGCCUGGGACAGCAAGGGCAAAAACUCUGAUCUAGUAGCCCAGGUCUCCAGAGGCAAAAUGCUCUAGUUGAAGCUGAAUGGUCAAUCAGUGGAUUUAUAAAUAACUGAAAUAAAUACUUUAGUUACUGACCAGGUCUUUGGUAUGUGUAAAUACCACCAAUCAAGUGCAGGAGAGUACAAAUGGUAAUCGGACUUGUUCUGUGUUCAGCAUCACCUCAUAUCCUUUUAAACAUGCCUACCACCACCCACCUUCCUCUGGCCAUAUGUGGCCUAUUUCUACACAUCUCCUGGGCAUGGCCAGAAUAACUUGUGUUUACAAGCCCUUGUCUGCCAUUGCCUUGUCAUUCUAGGGUCCUCCACUAAUUUUCAGCAGCAUGGGGUGUUGAAGGCAUGCUCACUGAGAACUGGCUUGCUGUAUUUUCCAGGAGCUGAAUCCAAGAGGAAAUGUGUCUGCUGUGGACAAAACUCCCAAGCUGUCUAGACCUCUGUGGCCAGACAUCAUCUCCCUAGACUGCUUGUAAAAUAUGAGACCGUUUAUAAAAUACUUAGCAUUUUCCACUUUCAGACCAGAUUUGACAACAAAGCACUUAAGAGUGGCAGCAGACCAUUCCCUACAAGUGAGUUACAUCUCUGCUUAGCUCUUGCACUGUCCCAAUGUUUGGUGCACAGCUUCAGCAGCAGGGGCCUUAACUGAAGGAAUUUUCCCUCCAGCCCCUCUUCAUCUGAAAUCUCUAGUGCAGUACUGUGUUUUCAUUUGUAUUCAGUAUUUCCCUGUUCUUGCAUCUCAAAGUGCAUCUGUAGUCAUGUGAACACCAGCAGCAGGUGUGUGCUGGGCACACAAGGAUAUAUUCUGCACUCAGUGUCCACAGUGCAUCCCCUCUGACAGCAGUGCCAUUGUCCUACAUCUCUUUCAAAUGGCAGAAUAUGAUGUAAAGUGAGGGGCAAGUGGACUGUAGGCAAGUUGUAUGCAAGUGUUGCCUGUACAUAUUCAGCUGUCUCUCCUAUACCCAGCCUGUUUUAACGUGUAUCUAACAAAGGGAUGCUUUUAAUGCCUUUGCAUAUAAAAAGCACUGCUCCUGGUCAGAAAAUGGGCUCAACUUUGAAAGAGCAGUGUGGAAAAAUUAAUGGUGUCAACUAAACCACACGAAGUGCUUGUAGAGGACACACAGAAACAAGAAGCUUCUCCGUGCACCCUGUCCUCUAGAAGUGUGGAGCAGCAGUGAGAACAGCUCACAUGCUGUGUCUCCGUCUCACAUUGUAACUGCUGUAUUUUAACAAGGAAUAGUUGUCAGUCUUUCCCAAAGGCAUGUCUGAAGCUGUUUGGUGGCAGUCCAGUGCGAGGGAAGCAUGAUGCUUUGCCAAGUUGUCUAGUCACAGCCAGCCAGCUGCUUUAUGUACAAGGGAGCUUUGCAAGGAGAGCUGUCUGUCUAGAAAACUCACCAGCAAAUUCCUGUGGGGCAGCCAUGUGGAAGGAGCACAUGAUGCCCUUCAGUUGUCCUUCCCAGACAAUUCUUGACUGUUCUCUGCCAUCCCUUACAUUCCUGCAGACAGGAGGAGCAAUGGCCAGGCAACAUCCCUUCAGAGCCCAUCGUUACUAGACAGGGCUUGGAAGGGCACUUUAGGUCUUCAUUUGGAGACAUUUUGUCUUAAUGCACUGAAUCUCCUCACUGGCUAGCAUUAUACACAUCUACCUACCAGACCCAACCCACUGUGAAAGAUGACCAUACUGAGCUCAGUGCCACAACUCAUCAAAGCAGUGGCAGCUGUCUGCAGGACAGAGAAAGCACAUCCUUGUCUCUUAUUCUGACCAAAAAUCACAUGGUGUUGGUACUAAAAGUAACACGUUUCCAUCUGUUUAUACCAGACAUCUCUGUGACAUCUGUUUAUAUUUGACUGUUUAAGACUUAUGAAGAACUGGACCUAAAAUAGAAAUGAUCCUUAAACCCAAGUUCCUGUAAAGUAUUUUGGUUGUAAAUGCCUCUGGAGCAUGCUCCAGUGGAAGAUACAGUCACUGAAGUGACUUUAACAUAUUUAUUUCAUGGGUAUCAAAUGUACUGCUAUGAAAUGAGAGUUUAAUGGCAAGAGUCAGCUUCACAAGGAGAACAUGUAACAAGGGGAAAAGGCACUUGCUAACACUGACAUUGUGAAAUACUGUUGUGCAUGUGCAUGUGUGCAUGUGUGAAUACUUAACAAAAAUAAUCACAAUGAGAUUUUUCAGGCAGCUUGUUGCAAUUUCCACAUUUCCCCUCCACCUUUCAAGCUACCUCCCAGACCUGCUUUCCUCCUCCUCUGUUUCCCACUGCCAUCUGCUGCUGAGGGUCACCUAUGUCUGGUGAUGGAGAGCUGAGCAGGAUGCUAGGUUGAAAAUGCUAAAUUGGUUGGCCAGUGAGAAGUUCAAAUCAUACACAGCAUCAUGGACCAGAGUGGAGAGAGCAAAAUAUAUGGAUAGUAAAAAGUUAAAAUACAUGUAGUGGGUCAUUUUCAGCUGUUACCACCAACACUUUAUCUGGCAUUAACAGCACAGGGGCGUGCCAGGCAGAAGGAAAAACAAACUUGUAAGAUACAGCACUGCCAGGAGGAAUCACUUGCCCUUGCCAGCUGUGGGGACACAGAAACAAGGCACUCUCCCUCCCCAAAUUAUCUUCCCCUUUCCCCAGUACAAUCUCAGAACUACUUUUGAUAAACUUAAUGGGGAUUAGUGGUUUUUCAGCAGCUGAGGAGCUGCUUGCUACAGUCUGGCUUCCCUUCCCCAUAGUAUCCUCACUACCAAUCAGUAGCUUUCAAUGGCAGUAACACAUGCACAAGGCUGGCCAUCAGUUUUGCAGUAUUAAUUUAGUAUUAAAAUUCAAAUGACUCCAUGUCAGUCAUUAGCAUCAUUGGACCAGUAUGCACUGGUGUUAGCAAGAAGAGAACCAUGUGCAGGGAAGCAUAUAAAAUAGUACCCAGUUCAAGUCUAGGGAGAAAACAGUGCUACAUCUUCUUGUAGCUCUGGCUUGGAAGGUCUGCCAUAAAGGGACUGCUCGCCAGCCACAACAGCAGGAUCCUGCUCUCUUCACUGCCUGCUUAAGCACUACCCAGUGCAGAAUUGUCUCAUGGUCUGGCAUGUCAUGAGUUAAGGAGUGAGGCUGAUUUAUCAGUAUUAGGUGCUGGCUAUACUAAUAAUUCUUUUCUCACACCCCUUAAAGCUCCUCUCUGAACUGGUGUUAAAGGAAAGGUUCUUUCCCAGUAAUUAUCACACAGGCCUGUAGAGAAAACCUCUUGGUGGGUUUGAGCAGUUGAGAAAACUUCUUCUAUUUUCCAGGCUGAUUUAUACAAAACCUGGAGUUAGGGCUUGAACUCUGCUGCAUCAUUAACAGUUGUGUCCUCUGAUGAUAUAAUAAAUCUGUGGCUGCCUUGGAUGUAUGAAUCCAGAAUGUCUGAAAGUAUCACUGUGGUCUGGUUUGUUUUAGUGGAGUCUAUUUUUUUUUAUUGUAUUUCUUCUUCCUUCCUGCAUGUCUAAUUUAAGGCUGAUUUAAUGUAGGUCUUUUUCCAUCUUCAAAAAUUUUACAUACUUACAAGUUCUUCACAUACAGGAUUCAGCAUUUACUUCUUCAGAGUUACAUGAACAACGAAUGCAGUACCAACUUCAUUUUUAUAUUUUGCUGGCAGUUAUCCAAUGCCAUUAAAAGCAUCCUAAAAUUUACUUUAUUUGCUGUAUUCCCUUCCUUUUACAUUUCAGUCUUGUAGUGAACUGGUGUUUGACAUGCUUUCAGCUCUAGGACCAAUAGUGCUUUAUAUCAAUUAGUUACACCAAAUUAUAUGUCCUCAGAGUUGCAUGAUCCGAGCUGCCUGCAGUCAACACAACCACAUUCUGUCCUGGAGCUCUAGUUGUGACCUGAGCACUGAUCACAUCUGCUGGUCAUGUUGGUUCUGCCAUGUUCACAAUUCUGUGCAAUUCUGCCACUGGCUGUCUCACAAGCAAUUCCCACCAAAAAAUUAUUUUCUGUAUUGCUGAUUUCAUCUUGUCGUUGCUGAGAGGCACUAGAAUCCUCCUACUAUGCAGAAUAUACAUUCUUCAGUCGCAUUUUGGCCUUGUCUUUAAAAUUCUUAAGGAUGACUUCGCUUAUCGUAACUAUUGAGCCAUUCCCAAAGACAGGACACAACUUUGGUCUGUGUUUGCUUCUAUAUGUGUUGCAAUCUUCCAUAGUUCUCCUAGAAAACUCCGUGCACUUUUGCAAAUAUUUCCUGGAAUUUACCUUAUUGCUCUCCCUCUGCUAUUCCCGCAAACUCCACUGACAAAUGUUUUUUUUGCAGAAAUUUGGGACUGGAAGCAAAAAAUCCUCUUUCCCCACAAAUCUUUGUUUGUCUUAAUCUGCAUUCUCAGCUGUCUUACAAUAGAUUCAGCAGUUUCUUUCCCUUUUUUUUUUUUUUUUUUUUUCCAAUUCUUCAAUAAAUUUAUCUGCACUCCUGUGCUUUGUAGGAGUGCAGCAGCAGUCCCACUUCUGUAGCACUGUCUGAUCACUGGCUUGCUCACCCCAACCACAACUGCUAGAUAUUCAUAGUGCCCCUGAUUGUCAUUACUGCAAACAAGCCACAAGACUUGACCUUGUGUGCCUCAUUUUUUUUCAGGAACUCUGUUUUAUCUUCAUGAAAAAAAGAACAACAAAUGUUUGGUUGAUACUUUUCCAGUUCUUUUAUUGCAGUAAAUUUCAGGAAUUUUUCAGUUGCCUCAACUAUAUCUUCUACUUCUACCUCUAAGGUCAGUCUUCAGUUCCUGCACAGGUAUCAUGCUGUAUCCUUUGAUGAUUCCUACAAAGUCUAGGAGGAAAAGAUUAAACUUUGCCAAGUCUUUAAAAGCCAGUCAGCUAUUUUAGCAAAUACUGAUGGAAUGAGUUCAAGGAGGACUAGGGGGAAGCAUGUUAUUCUAACCUGGGGUUUAAGCUGACAGUCAAAUCACCCUUUUCCCACAAAUUGCCUUUUUCCAGCACUUCCAGCUCACUGAGUCUGGUUGUGGCAAGUGAGCUGGUUUGUGAGCUUGGGACAUGGAGGUUGACAAGCACCAGAUCCCAAUGGAACGGUGCCUCUCAGACGCUGUGGACACCAGCCUGAGACAGAUGGUGUGGCAAAGCCACACCCUUGCUUGGCCUUAGCUAGUGGAGGAUAAAUGCGGAAUCUCCAAUUGCUAGCAAAUAUUAGCACUCCAGCCUUCACUCAAGAAUGUUGUUAUGAGCCAGUAAAUCUCUGAUGUGCUGGCUUCUCAAAUACUGGUGGUACUUUUGUUAUCCUCAACCAAAAGGGAUAUGCAGAAACUAAGAAAUAUAUAAACAUGGGCCUCAAGAGGAGCUGGAAUUGUUUGGGAGGUAUAAAAGAUAAAUAGAUUUUGAUUCUUGGUCUGGCAGAGGUAUACCAUGGUUAUAAAAAAUGUCAUGUCAUUAAAUCAGGAAAGAUGUAAGGUCAAUAAGCAGCAAUCACUAUUUCUCACAAUAAAAACACUAAGGCAGGUGAAGCAGAAUAUUAUUUGGCACAAAGCACAGUGAAUGAAGGGUGGAACUCAUUGCUGGAGCAUGUUAAUACCAAGCAUUAGAUGGACGCAAAAGAUGAAUGGACAAAUUUGUGGAAGAAAAAUCUGUAUAUGCCUCCUCAACACAAAGAUACCUCUUCCAGUUUUUCUGGGUCAUGGAUGUCUGGGGGCAUAGGGUAUAUAACGGAAUUCCUACAACACUCCUUUUUACUAUCAUAUUCUUGGGGCUGACACAUUUUACAUCUCUCCAAAGCCCAAAUACUCCAUCGAGCAUCGUUGAUAUACCAUUCUUUGCUCUUUCUGGUGAAGGAUUCUGUGUGGAGCCAGAGGGCUUCCCAUGUCAGAGGAAACGACUUGCUUCCUCUUCCCAAUUCCUUGUGUAACACAAGGCAACCCUGGAACUCAGAGCUGCAGCAUGUCAUCUGUGCCUCAAAUAGCAGUAAUGGCACAAAAUGGGAGACUGUCUUGGUGGUCUAUUAUGCUCUGGAUGUGGAAGCUCUCUAUGGAAGCAUCAUUGCCUCAAACCUAUGAUUCAGAGAACCUGGUGCACAGAGAGGACUGCUUUCCUUCUUUCCUUCCUCUGCUAUGGAUUGGUUUCUGACAGUGAGAUUGUUGCCCCUCUGCAUUGGAGGUUGGCUCAGCAUGAGCUAGUUGCUUCAAUAUCUAACCAUGAGUCCAAAUGGACCCGUGAGAGCUCAAGGGUGAAAAUGCAGGAGCGGAACCUGGGACAAGCUUCUAAAAUGGGCAAAGAGUUCUUGAUGCAAUGGAGUGAUUCAGGGCAGGGCUGAGUGCAUGCAGUGAAAUGCCAGAGGCACCCCAGGGCAGGCAUUGAGUGUUGGGGGGUCCAGAACCAGAUACAGACAAGUAUUAAGUUCAAGGUUCAGUUAUGAGUGCUGGCCCAGUUCUGAAGCUGAAUUUGUCCUUUAUGUCCUGAGGACAACAUAGAACCCAACCAAAAAUGCUUCCGUUGCUUAAGCAACCUUGAUGGCAUGAGUGAAAAGCUAUUUGACACAGGCAGUGAUUCGUUUCCCUACGCAGAGCAGCCCUGGAAUGUGGGAGAAGGGUCUGUCUGGAGCAGAAGGGGUCCCUGGCUGUGUAGUCCUGGUCCCCUGCAGUCCCUGUAAGCUGUAGGAGACCAGGGACACUGUACAGUGUCUGUUCCCACCAUACCUGAGCACCCCACAGUCUGUAAAGCACAUGUCCUAGAGGCAAGCCAAAGCUUUCCACAGGACAGGUACUGAGAAAUAAAGACUGCCAGCUACAAAGAAGUCGAGGUACAAUUCCUGUUUGAACAGCUGAAUUCAAAUUGCAGGAGUUCCCAAAAUACUGCAGUGUUUCUGGAGUAAGAACUUGCUCCAGGACACACAGUCAGCUUGUGGAUAGGUCCUUCAGGCCAGUAGAAGCACUGACCAUCUUGCCUUCAAGCUCCAGAGUUUUCUUCCAAGCUGUUCAACAGUGGAAGGAAGUGAGACACCACAGCUCACCCCACCCAGCUCAGCCAUGUGCAGAGUGGACAGACAAGUCUGGUCACCCCUGGACCAUCAAACAGUGAGAAUAUCUGGGCAGCAAAAAACCUGGCUUGAUCAGGGGUGGAAGGACAGGCUUCCUGGAGGGUGAGGGAGUUGGAGAGACUAAACAUGACCUUGGGCUCUCAGACAACUGCAGUUUGUGGGUGUCCCUCCUGCAAGGAGAUCAAUCCCUGGUGCACACAUCUCCAGUGUGCCAGGCUGUGGUCCUUCUCCUAGAUCAUCCAGAUUCUCCUGUUGAUGUCCUGGCUUCACUUCUCUCCUCUUCAUAAUGGCCCUCCUCAACAAAGACCACACAUCACAGCACAUCCCUUGCCAUCCUGAUGCAGCUGGAGGGGGAGAAAUCAGGGACUGGGGGAUUGUGUCUGUUCCUUCACUCAUGGAUCCAAGCACAGACCCCUGAACUGGGGGGGGGGGCAUUCUGCUGGAUGCCUUCCUUCAGUGACUUCUCUAUCCACUUUUCAGCCUGCGACUCUUGCACCCUUUUUUAUUACUUGUCCUUCAUCAUCAACUGUCCGUUCUUUUCAUUGUUUCUUUGCCCUCUGUUCCAUCCCAAGUAUAGGAGGACUGGAUGUUUUUUUUAGGUUUGGGCCGUUACCAAGGAGUCCCUUCCUUAGACCUGGCUCAGCAUGUCUCUGCAGGGAACCUGGUUUUAGCUACAUUUCUUCCCAUGAAAAAAUCCUCCCUCUGCCUAUCCGUCUUCCUCCCUUUCCUCCCUGGAAACAUCAGCCACCUUGCAUCCCAGAUCUUCCUGGAUAAAGAAGUAGAAAGUUGUAUGAAAUUAGGGCAGGUGUGUCAGGAUCCAUGAUCAAUGUUCCCAUGGAAUAGGUCAGGGAAAAGGAUCCAACCCUGCCUCUUAUGCACAGGUAAAUGAGCACACCCAUCAGUCCAAGGACAUGGUUUCUAUUUCCAGGUCUGCUUUGGAAAAGCUUUUUCAGCCUUAUGUCACUCCUUGUCAUGCUGUCUGUUCUGGAUGGGCUAUGAAGUCAGUCUACCCAGGGUGUGCUUUGAGGCCCUAUUUAAGUUUUGGAGGAGUGUUCAAGUAGUUGAAGUCAGAGCCAAGCAGUAGCAGUUCCUGCUGGAGAAAUUAGCCUGAUGUUUCAAAUCACUGUCCCAAGUAAAGCUGUGAUCCCCACUCACUUAGCCAAGCUAUGGUUUGAGAGGUGGUGGGGUACAGGACACAGGUGAGUUGCAGCUAGGAGCUCAGAGACUUAAUUCAGAGGGUGAGCUAGGCACAAAUAGUCAAACUGCCUUCUGCAGCUCCAGAUGCCACAUAUGAAUGGGCUUCUGAGAAACUGAAGAACCAACAUAGCUGUACAUGUUUCCAUUUUAAAAGAGUCCCUGCAGAGAAUAUCUUUUCCUAGCUCAGAGGCUAAGGCCCAAGUCAACAAUGUAAGGGAGAAACCACAAGGUCCUCGAGGGAAGGAAACCUAUGCUGGGGCCUGAAAGGUGAGGUGGGGAGGUGGCAGUAAUGUAGCAGGAAAGAGGGUGGUUGAGCACUGUGGCAACAAAGCCUCUUGCCUGCUAGGGUGUUGGAUUGCUGUGGUUUGCUCAUAAGGCUCCUCCAAUGUGCAAGGUGUGAAGCUGUCAGCUUUCGCUGGAAGAUUUGUGGAGGAGCUGCCUAUGUCGUAGGAAAGGUUUGUAGGGAGAGGAGAUUUUGCUGGGCACUGACCUCCUUGUCAUGGCUUUGGAAGGAGCUGGCAGUAUAGGAUCAGGAAAUUAUGUGUAUCCUUCAACUGCCCAAAGACAAGCGUGUCUAGCCAGUGCUACAUCUUGUCAUCCUCCUAACACUAAUCCAAGGAUACAGUAGCUGGGCUCCAGGGGUGUCCCCAACCCUGGUUUCCUAAUCUUUGUCAUCCUGUAUGUUGGCUGUGGCCCUAUGGACAAUGUAACACUUUUCAUGACAGUAUUUGUAUUUUUUUAAUUGUGAAUGGGGAGAUAGUGUUCAGGUCCUUGUUACACAGGGAUGUGUCUUCCAUUCAGACCAGGGCUUCCCCUGGCUUCGUCAGAUGUCUGUCAAUGUUACUGAGAAAAAUAAAGAAAGAAAUAGAUCAGAUGUAUUUAUAAAGGAAACAGAAACCUGCUGCUCCAAUGCCUUUGUAGGAGUAUUUUUAACAAAACAUUUUUUCAAAAUAAAUGUGAAUUGUAAAGUUUGAA